CUCUCGGUGCUCUUACGAGUCAAGUACAACUUACGGAGGCAUCAAAAAGCCAAAAGCACCAUCCCCAAGAUGUUCCAGGACGUCGUCCGCAGGCACCCCGACAAAGUAGCCCUGAUUUAUGAGGCCACCGGCGAGCAGUGGACCUUCAGGAGGCUCGACGAGUACUCCAACGCCGUGGCCAACUACUUCUACCAGCAAGGCUUCCGGCUGGGGGACGUCAUCGCCAUCUUCAUGGAGAGCCGCCCCGAAUUUGUCGGCCUCUGGUUAGGGAUGGCAAAAAUCGGUAUCGAAGCGGCUCUUAUCAAUUUCAAUUUGCGCUUGGAUUCUCUGGUUUACUGCGUGACGACUUCGGGUGCGAAAGCCGUGAUCUUCGGAGGGGAGCUGUCUUCGGCAAUAUCCGAAGUGAACGGGAUGUUGGGGAAGAACAUGGCAAAGUUCUGCUCCGGCGACUACAACCCGGACGUCGUUCCUGCGGAGACCAGACAUCUUGAUCCUCUUUUGAGUACAACAUCGAAAUUGCCCCCGAUUCAGGUUCCCGGCAAAGGUUUAGACGAUCGGCUCUUCUAUAUCUACACGUCAGGAACGACGGGAAUGCCCAAAGCCGCCAUCGUGGUGCACAGCAGGUAUUACCGCAUCGCCGCCUUUGGUUACUACGCCUACAAAAUGCGCCCGACGGACGUCCUCUACAACUGCCUCCCGCUCUACCAUUCCGCGGGUAACAUCAUGGGGGUCGGCCAGUGUCUGAUCCACGGCCUCACCGUGGUCAUCAGGAAGAAGUUCUCGGCCAGUCGCUUCUGGGACGACUGCACGAAAUACAGAUGCACGAUUAUUCAGUAUAUCGGGGAAAUCUGCAGGUAUCUUCUGAAUCAGCCGGUCCGAGAAUCCGAAACCCAACACUGCGUACGGCUGGCGGUGGGCAAUGGUUUGAGACCCACCAUAUGGGAGGACUUCACAAAGCGCUUCCGAAUUAAGCAGAUCGGCGAGUUCUACGGAGCCACGGAGUGUAACUGCAGCAUCGCCAACUUGGACGGAAAGGUCGGUGCCUGUGGUUUCAACAGUCGGAUUUUGCCUAACGUUUAUCCCAUCCGUUUGGUGAAGGUGAACGAGGACACGAUGGAGCUGAUCCGGGAUUCCGGCGGGCUGUGUAUCCCCUGCCGCCCAGGAGAGCCGGGAUUGCUCGUCGGUCAGAUAAAUCAACAGGAUCCCCUGCGGCGGUUCGACGGCUACGUCAGCGAGAGUGCCACCACCAAGAAGAUCGCUUACAACGUGCUCCGGAAAGGGGACCAGGCGUACCUGUCAGGAGACGUGUUGGUGAUGGACGAACUCGGUUACAUGUACUUCAAAGAUCGCAGCGGGGACACCUUCCGAUGGCGAGGAGAGAACGUCUCCACCACGGAGGUGGAGGGAACGCUGAGUCACGUCCUCAACCAGACGGACGUCGCAGUGUAUGGAGUGGAAGUACCAGGGGUGGAGGGCAAAGCCGGGAUGGCGGCCAUCGCCGAUCCCAAAGCGAAAGUCAACCCCAACGUCCUGUACCAGGAGCUGCAGAAGGUGCUGCCGUCCUACGCCCGGCCCGUCUUCCUCCGGCUCCUGCCCCAGGUCGACACCACAGGUACGUUUAAGAUUCAGAAAACCCGCUUGCAGAGAGAAGGAUUCGACCCCCACCAAACCUCAGACCGGUUGUAUUUUCUGGAUCUAAAAUUGGGAAAAUACGUUCCUUUGGAAGAAUGCCUUUAUGAAAGGAUUUGUUCUGGAAAAGCCGCUUUAUGA